GCUCCCCCAGAGGUGGGCAGGAGCAGAAGCCCGGGUUGCUGCCUGCCCUCCUUCCUUCAUUUCCCAUCGUGCUGAGGCGGGUGGUAUGGCGGAGAAGGAUGACACCGGAGUUUGACGAAGAGGUGGUGUUUGAGAAUUCUCCACUGUACCAGUACUUACAGGAUUUGGGACACACAGAUUUUGAAAUAUGUUCUUCUUUGCCACCAAAAACAGAAAAGUGCUUGCCAACAGAGGGACCUCAAAAACCUCCCACAAGAGUCCUACCAAAACCAGGCAUCCUGUUCAGACUGACAGACACCAUCAAGAGCUGGACUUUCUCUUCUCAGUGCAGUAGGAAGGAUGCCUUACUCCACAAGUUGGAUACUGGAUUCCGACUGGACUCACUACACACCAUCCUUCAGCAGGAAGUCCUGCUCCAAGAGGAUGUGGAGCUAAUUGAGCUACUUGAUCCCAGCAUCCUGUCCGCAGGGCACCCUCAACAGGAAGAUGGACACCUUCCAGCACUCCGCUCCCUGGCAACCCCGAAUGUUUGGGAUGUCUCCGUGCUCCUUGCCUUCAUCAGCUUGCUCGUUAUGCUUCCCACUUGGUGGAUUGUGUCUUCCUGGAUGGUAUGGGGAAUAAUUCUAUUUCUUUACUUGAUCAUGCGAGCUUUGAAAUUAUGGAGGACAGCCAAACUGCAAAUGACUCUGAAAAAAUAUAGGGUCCGUUUGGAAGAUAUGGCAGCAAAUAGCCGAGCCUUCACCAACCUUGUGAGGAAAUCUCUACGUCUUAUCCAAGAAACUGAAGUCAUCUCCAGGGGAUUUACUCUUUUGCUUGACAGGGUCAGUGCUGCUUGCUCAUUUAAUAAAGCUGGACAGCAUCCCAGCCAGCAUCUCAUCGGCCUGCGGAAAGCCGUCUACAGAACUGUCAGAGCCAACUUUCAAGCCGCAAGGCUAGCCACCCUGUACAUGCUGAAAAACUACCCCCUGAACGCUGAGAGUGACAAUGUGACCAACUACAUCUGUGUGGUACCUUUUAAGGAGCUGGGCCUUGGCCUCAGUGAAGAACAGAUAUCCGAAGAGGAAGCUCACAACUUGACAGAUGGCUUCAGCCUGCCAGCCUUGAAGGUUUUGUUCCAGCUCUGGGUGGCUCAGAGUUCAGAGUUCUUCAGGCGCUUGGCCCUGUUACUUUCUACAGCCAAUUCGCCUUCAGGGCCCUUACUUACUGAGACGCUCUUGCCUCAUCGCAUUCUGUCUGAUGUGACUCAGGGUCUACCUCAUGCUCACGCUGCCUGCUUAGAAGAGCUGAAACGCAGCUAUGAGUUCUUCCGGUACUUUGAAACUCAGCACCAGUCAGCACCCCAGCGCUUAUCCAAAACUCAGCCCAAGUCCAGAGAACUGACUAACGUUCACACAGCCGUGCGUAGCCUCCAGCUCCAUCUGAAAGCAUUACUGAACGAAGUAAUAAUUCUUGAAGAUGAACUUGAAAAGCUUGUUUGUACUAAGGAAACACAAGAGCUGCUAUCAGAGGCUUACCCAAUCCUAGAACAGAAACUGAAACUGCUUGAGCCCCACGUUCAGGCCAGCAACAGUUGCUGGGAAGAAGCCAUUUCCCAAGUGGAUAAAUUGCUGCGGAGGAAUACAGAGAAAAAAGGCAAACCUGAAGUGGCGUGUGAAAACCCACACUGUACCGCAGCACCCUUGAUGCGGCCCACUCUGCACAUUGAGGACAGAGACCCCAUCCCUGAGGAGCAGGAAUUAGAAGCUUAUGUGGAUGACAUAGACAUAGAAAGUGAGUUCCGAAAGGAUGAUUUGUAUCACUUGUCUCCAGAAGACAAAGAGAGACAGAAACGUGAGCAGGAAGAAUCCAGGAGGGUGCUGCAGGAAUUAAAAUCCGUGCUGGGAUUUAAAGCUUCAGAGGCAGAAAGGCAGAAAUGGAAGCAACUUCUGUUUAGUGACCACGCUGUGUUGAAAUCCUUGUCUCCUGUAGACCCAGUGGGAUCUGUAAGUAAUUCAGAAACACCCAUGAACUCAGAUACAGGAGCAGUCGGUAGGAAUGGUCCUGAAGAGGAAACUAGUGAGCCCUCCACAAGUGACCCUGAAAGGGGUAGGACUGAGUUUGUGUGUGAAAGCCCUCCAGAGGGUGGCGGUAAAGACCCUUCUGAGAAUGAAGCCUUCCUCCGAGGAGCCGAAGAAAGAAUGCUCUACCAGUGUGAGAGUGAGGCUGAGUCCCCUCAAGCUGCUGCUGCUGCCGCCGCCGCUGCCGGGGCCACUGCCCCUCCAACUCCCAGAGACUCACUCCAGCUCUCCAUCAAACAGAGGCUGGCCCGACUGCAGCUGUCCCCAGAAUUCACCUUCAGUGCUGGCCUGGCUGCAGAAGUGGCUGCCAGGUCUCUCUCGUUCACCUCCAUGCGGGAACAGACUUUUGGCGAUGAGGAGGAGGAGGAACCAGUAGUUGAAGGAAGUGAGAAUGAGGUGGAGGAGAAAUAAAAGUCACGAUGAAGGAUUUUUGGUUGGUCCUUUCAUAAAGAUGUUUCGGCUUCAAGACUGAAAAGGAAAUGAGUGUGUGUUUACUCUGUAGAAAGCUAAGGCGCGGGUUUCCAGGGCGAGGACUCAUUGGAAAACCUGACCUGAAGUCAGUAGAGACCUGGCUAGGCAGGUCGUUUAGGAGUAGGAGAGGGAGGUAAGGGCAUUUUUGAAUAAACUGCUGUUUCGUUUAUGGCACAGCUGAUAAUCUUGGCAAUUCUUUAAGUACUUUUAAUAAGAAAUGAAUUUAUCAUUUUUUUGCCAAAAUUUGCUGCCAUAAGGUCACUGGGAUGGUCUCCUGCAGAGCAUAAACAUUUAGAACAAGCUCUUUCUAUUGUGUCUUUGCAGUGUGUAACUGCAGCGAUCAUGUUAAUAUGUUGUUCGUACUUUAUUUUGUUUAUACCACUCCUAAAACAAAGAUACAGGUUCUGAAUAAAAAUAUUUAAUUACUACAAUUGAUGUGUGCUGGGGUUUGGAACAUCAAAAUAGUUUCAAAGGUGGUUUGGGCUGUGGCACAUUUCACGUCUUCUUAUUUUCAUAUGUGUGUUCGUUUUAAGGUGUCAUGCAGUCUUCCAAAGGAAAAUAUUGUGCCAUUUUAAGAAACACCCUUCUAGGGUCUUUUUGUUGUUGGUUUGUUUGUUUGUUUGUUUUGUUCACUCCUGUUGCAGCUCAAAGAGAUGAUGUCAGGAUGGCAUGACUCCAUCCAAGGCCCCAUCUCCAACCCCACAAAAAGUUGUCAGUUUACGUGGAGACAACUGUGCCUCUGCUUCAGUAGUCCCAGUGCUGUCUUCCAGUCUGGCCUGUCUUACUAAGACUCAGGAACACGUCAGCUUUCUUGGAAAGUAUCCUCGUCCCUUUAUAUUCCACUGUGACUCCGUCUCGCAGAGAUGCUUUCCACAGACCAGUCUCGUCUGCUUUGUCCUUUGACUGUGUUUUCAGUGAUGUUUUCUGGAAUGUUCUCUUUCUGAAACCUGUUGUUACUGUGCACUUACACAGUUCAUAGACAUUAUUUGGGAAGAAUGUAAGAAAAAAAGCUCAAUUUAUGCUGCUGUUCUAGAAGGAAAGUAUGUGAAUUCCAGUAACUUACCCUUUUUUUUUUUUUUUUGAUUUAUUUAUUUAUUAUGUACACAGAAGAGGGCGCCAGAUCUCAUUACAGAUGGUUGUGAGCCACCAUGUGGAUACUGGGAAUUGAACUCAGGACCUCUGGAAGAGCAGUCAGUGCUCUUAACCUCUGAGCCAUCUCUCCAGCCCCGUAACUUACUCUUUUUAGUGAGGAAAUUUACUUAUACUCAAGUUUUGUUGUUGUUAAUUUAGCAAAUAUUUUUUAUCCUGAGGAAAACUUUCGACUUUAUAUGACUAGACUUUGGACUGUUAGUGAUUUUGCGUUUUUCUGAUAAUUUACAGUGUUAACAUGUCAGGAGCAGUAUCUUAAGCUGGACAUGGAAAUAGCUAAAUUUCAAGAAAAAGAGGACCUCCUGUGUUGUAACUGACUUCUGUAUUCCUAAAUGACACAGUUUUACUUUCUUACUUAAGUUGUUGUUUCCAACUCCAUUUUUCCCAGAUAUAAAAGUUAUUAGGGAAAUUUUGUUAAGAGUUCUUUUAAUUUAUAACACAGGAAAAAUUGGAGUUUAAUCAUUUUAAUUCUUUUAGUCUAUUUUGAUUCAAUCACACCAAUUUAACCAAAAUCUGUUCAUACUAUUUUAUCAGCUUUAUGCUCUCUGAGCUGAUGCCUUCAGAUUCUGAAGGAGGAAGUUUAGUUCAGAACUCCCAGUGCUCAAGUCUAACCUGCUCUGUUCACAAGCUCCUGUUUAGUUCCAUGAAAACUGCUUUUGAAGUCACAAUUAAGGACAUUGUGACUUCAAGUGAUGGUCUUUUUAGGUAAUCGUUUUCGUAUUUCUUCCAUCUUUUAAAACCUUUCCAACAUAAAUCUCUGUUUUCUCUGUGAAAUUUCCUCGACUAACUUUCUCUUGAAAUAGUCUAAGUCGAUGUUCCUUGGUUGUUUUAGUGGGUACCUGAGUCAUAAUGAAGUAGAAAUCUUAUUUUUUUUUAAUACAGACUUAAGCCAUGCUCUCUGUAAUUCUUGGAUGUUUUGGUACAAGACCGAGGUACUGUUUAUGCCCAAUAAAGUCUAAGAUCCCUUGCUUAGCAUCUGUACUUCUUGCCACGAGUACAUUUUGUGUGUGGACAGGCUGACGAGAUACAAGUGGACGCCCUUCCAUGAGCUUUCCUAAGCUACCUCACUUUUUCUUGACUGGGUUUAAUACCUGUCAUUCAAUAAACCGAAGAAUCUUCUGGGAAAACAUUUUUGGCAGAAAACUUAUCCUACUUUCCAAAUUUUACAGAAUGAUUAAUCUUGUUGGGAAUAGUAUUCUGACAGCUUCUAGUAUAGACAUUGCCAAAGUUUGUUUUACCAUAGCUAAUCUAGAACUCAGAGGGGAAAUGCAUGCAGUUUGGGUGAAGACAGAAUUUUUACCCUUUGUGUGUCUACAGAUGGGAACGUCGGGACAAGAAGUGGGGUCAUUGCCAUCCUCACAGCCUUUUUCUCUGCUUCAGUAAGGCCUUCCCUGAUGUCUGGCAGAUCUGGGGCCAGACUGACCUUUCAUUUGCAAAACUGCUUUUUUUAUUAAUCUUUUGCAAGCCAUGUAUGUUAUCUAACUUUAUACAUAAAGUCUUUGUUAAAACUAAUUGUAGUCACAGCAUCUGAAUCUAUUUCCUUAGGAGCUGAUGAUAAGCAAGUCAGGAAAAAGACACACAUUUAAGGCAAAUUGAUAUAGAUUUCAGAGCAUGCUCUGACUCAUGCUUGUAAUGCCAGCACUCCAGAUGCACAGUCAGGAAGAUCACUGCAUACACAGUGAGAACCUGUAUCAAGGGAGAAAAAAGAAAGAGAGAGAGAGCAGGUGCCAGGCUUUACUGCAGAAAGCAGCUGGAGUCUUAAUCCCAGGCCUUUCAUUCAUAGGAUGUGAGUCUGAAUCCCAGGCCUUUCAUUCAUAGGAUGUGGGUUUGAAUCCCAGGCCUUUCAUUCAUAGGAUGUGGGUUUGAAUCCCAGGCCUUUCAUUCAUAGGAUGUGAGUUUGAAUCCCAGGCCUUUCAUUCAUAGGAUGUGAAUACUGCCAGCCUCAUUAUGUUGGGAGAGUUUUCUCAGGAAAACUCAAAUUAUCUGAAUAUUUCUGAUUUCUUAGAAAUUUAAAAAGAAAUGAUGCUUGUGAGGCUGAUGAGUAAGAUCUGGUUAUAAAUGUAUAGCUCAGUUUAUUAAAAUAGAUAAUAAUACUCUUAUUCAUAUAAUAAGAGACACGGUGCUUGAAUGUUAAGCAUAGGAAAAAUCAACUACUGAUACAUUUAAAAACGGAGUGUUGAUUAGAAGUGACCCUAGAUUUCGUUUUCACUGUGCUGUUUUCUUCCCAUGUCAAACAUGACUCAUGUUUCAUGUUGCUAAAUGAAUAGAAGUAAUAUGGGGGGGGCACUGAUUGGUUUAUUGCAGUAUAUUGUGUUUAUACCCAAAUAGAACAAAGACAUAAGAACCAAAUCCUGGAGCCCGAAGUGUCACACAACUAAGCCUGGUUGAACUAAAGUGAGGACGGCGCUUGAACAACAACCAGGCAGAGCAUAAGGAUUGAUUCUCUUCUUCCAGAUCUGUUUAUGGGGAUAUGUCUGGGCACUUUAUGCUUAGAUUAUAAAAACAAAGGAGGUAAGAGACAGCAGAAUGUCUGGUGCAGUGACCAUUCGGUGUCCUCCUCAGCAGGUGACUAGCUUGAGUCCCUUCAUCUUCCAGGAAGUGGAAGCAGAUCCAUUUAAUCCCUGAGUUUAACGGUCUACUAAUGGACUUACUUCGUACUUCUCUCCCUGAAUACUAGCAUGUACAGGAAAUGUCUUUUCUUUGAGAAAACAGUUCCUCUGGUGGAGAAUAAACAAACCCACUGUCAGGGACAACCGGACAUAAAAAGUCAAGCCCCCCUUUGCUGCUUGAUUGCCUAUUGCUUGCUUUUUGAGUUGUGUCUGUUCUUUUCACAGUUGCCCUCUCUUCCCUUCUAAUCAGCUGUCACUCUUGCUGCUGUGUUGUGUGCCUGCCUUCCGCAGUAGGCCCCUAACUUGCUGCUCGUAAUCUGCUGUGGACUGAGAAACCAGAUUGCCCAGCUUGCUAGGACUGUGUCUGAAGUAAGAGUGAGUAGACUGGAAAGGCUGAGGGCUUUUCUGUCGGUCUCCUGCAUGGACUGUGGCAUGCCUGUUCGGCCGCUUCGCAUUCUUGUGUGUGCAUUUCAUGUCUUACUAAAAACUUGCUAAAAAGUACUCGGUUGAAAAUACAAUUGCCAUAUAUUUGAAAUAUUAAUGUGGUGUUUGUGUGCUGAUGUUUCUAGGACCCCCUCACUAAUGAAUUCAACUGUCAAAGAAAAGUUCACUGCCAUCCUUGUAUGUCGAUGUGUGUGUUUCAGAAAAAUGUUGGUCUUUGUUUUUGUUAAUUAGUCUGCAUUCAGUACACAGGUUUAAAGUUGAUGUCAUGAUUGUGAAUCCUGCACAGUAGUUACUGGUUUGAAACGAAACAUGAUUCAUUUAGUAAGAACUGGCUCACUUGACAGGGAAUGAAUUAUUCAGUCAGCCCAGUUCUCCUUUAACAAUCUAUGAAAUAUACCUUAAUCUUUUCUCUAUUAAAAUGAGCAUUACCAGGCUGGGGAGGUGGCUCCUCAGGGGGGAAGUGCUUGCUGCAUAAGCAUGAGGAUGAGAACCUUCUUCAGAUUCCCAGCACCCACAUAAAACAGUGGAGUAUAAUGGGGUGCAUGGGGGGUGAAGUCAGGAAAUACUCUGAAACUCUGGCCUGCCACUCUGGCCUAAUCAGUAGGAGUAGCCUAAGGAAACACUGAAUAUCAACCUCUGGCCUAAAACACACACACACACACACACACACACACACACACACACACACACACACACCCUCAUGUAUGCAUGUACACACAAACAUGUAUAACAAAUACACAAAAUUAUUUUUAUUAUCAUUAUCAUUAUUGGUUUUUGAGAUAGGGUCUCUAUGUAGCCUUGGCUGUCCUGGAACUUACUGUGUAGACAAGGCUGGCCUUGAGAGCUGCCUGUCUCUGCCUACCAAGUGCUAGGAUUAAAGACAUGCACUACCACACCCAGCUCAGAACGAUCAUUAUUAACAUUGGCCCUGAUCCACUAAAUGCUGAGAACUGGCCCUUUUUGAGCUCCAUUCGGCUGGGCUUUAGUUAUUUGAUAGUUAUUCCCAUUCCUACAUUUAUAUUACUGCUUAAGUGGCUGGAAUUUGCAUCCCUUCUCCACAUCCACAUGUGCCUUCCAGUCUGCUCUGAAGACUAGUUGACUCUGCUGGUUAAAUUGUGGGAGGUAAGAGCAGAUGGAUGCAGACUGAGAAGACCUCCUGCUUGAGCUCACUGCCUUUCUGUAGCAUUUCUUAGGACCUAUUAGACUGCAGUCUUUGCUCAAGUAGAAUUACUGGGUUAAAUGCCUGCUCUCAAAUACGAAUUGUUGUUAUAUAGAAAUAACCUUUUUUGUCAACAUUUUAUCUUCUCUAAAGUUGGCUCUGUAUUGUAAUUCUUUUGCAGUAAUUAAAACCAGGCCAUCGGAGUUAGCAUUGUCACUUAUAUUUUCUGUUUGAAUUGGAUACCACAUGCUGUUAUAAAUUUCUUUGGCUUUUUUUUUUUUUAAGAGAAAUGCAUCUUCAUUUCCAAAACGAAGUACAUUAAGCCUGGAAAGCAAGAAAACAUUAAUUAUUGAAGAUAUCUGAAAAGUAAUGGGCUUGUAGACUCUAGGCCACAAAGACUUUAUUCCUUAAUCUGCUAAGUUUUUAACCAGCCCCGUCGCUUUCUUUCAUUCAGCUGAAGGGAAAAUAUAUAAAAGCUUCCCAUGAUUUAUCAGUAUUGGAGCUAAGGUCAAUAACUGAGUGACAGAAUUUCCACUGUCAUUCAGUAGCAGACAUGCCUAAAUUAGCCUUUAAUAUAUAAAAUAAGCAAGAUGAGUUUCCUCUCUCGAAUGAAAAAAAAUAACAUUUUCAAGUAAAAUUAGACUCCAUCUAGAAGCAGCUCUUAUAGUAUGCAUUUCAUUGCACCAUUUAUGUACUGUGGGACUCAGGUUUUCAUCCUAUACAGUGUGAGUGGUAUGUCAGUCUAUUUUACAAUCAGACUUCAUGCAGCGGGCCUCCAGCUAUCCAUCUUUAAGGAAGGGAAUUAUGACACAAUGAUUGUAAAAAGAAUGGUCCAAACCAGUUUCUUGUGUUGACACCAUUGUAGAAGAGAGUGACGCCUGACUUCUCUUUGAAUAAACUGUUAGAGGAGCAUGGUUCUACCCAGUGCAGUUGCUGUAAACCAAAGAGAAGGAAUUCAUGUCAGGGCUCACAUAGGCAAGAGUUAGCAGAAUCAAGAAUCGACUUUAUACUUAUGUUUAAAUGUGUGAUAAAAUCCAGAUGUGGUGGCGCAUGCCUUUAAUCCCAGCACUCCAGAGACAGAGGCAGGUGGAUCUCUGAUUUCGAGACCAGGCUGGUCUACGUAGUGAGUUCGAGGCCAGCCAAGAUUAUAUAGUAAUAAUUGUGUGAUAGAUUAGAAUACACACGAUAUCUUUAAAAUGCAGUACAUUAGUAUCCACCCGAGUUUGUCAGCAGGGACAUUAGUUUUAUCCCUGUGUACUGAAAGUCACUUAGCCCGUGUGUGGCUGAAGUAGAAAUGGUGUUUAGGGUGUGUGUACUUCUGGGGUGUGCAAGCUUCAAAACGGGACUGUCUGUAGAUGUGGUGCUAGACAGAUGUAUUUAUUCUUACUUAUUUCCUAAGAGUUUCUUAAAAUAGAUAAUGUUACUGUUUUAGGCUUUAAGACUUGUCAGUUUUAUAACAUUUCCUAAAGAUUGACUACAUACAAAUACGUUUAUUGUUGAAUAUUUCUUCUGAAACAAAAGUAUGGCAUCUGUAAGUUCACUCCUUCCUAAGGACCUAAACAACUUCUCAGCCCUCUUCUCCUUCCAACUUAGAUGACAAAAUUGACUGUCUCUAAGUCCACGUAUGUUCUGCCCUUCUCCCUUCCAGUCUGUACCUUCUGUUUAAUACUGCAACUUAAACAGUGCUUACUAAGCACAGUACUAGCAUGUGACUAUGUAUGGAAGGCUCCAAGAACGUCACUCCUGUCCCUGAGAGGUUGGUGUAUGGCCCCGAGACAGCCCUGGAGGCCCACAUGGGUGAGAGGCCCAGAAGCCCAUUCAAGCCGAAAGCACCCCCAAGGAGUUUGGUUCUGUUUGGGUUUGUUCUAGGUAUGGUCCCAGGGAUCCCAGAUCAAACCAGGCCCCUGGGCCUAUCCUAGAACCAACCUAAGCCCGCGCAUCAUUCCUGGACCAUCCAGAGUGUGAAGACUGAAGAUAACUGAGGCUGACCACACACCCUGUACUCACCAAGAUUCACUUUUUAUAUAUGUAUCCAUUGUUUAGCAAGCAGUGGCUGGUUUAUCUAUCUGAAAUCAAAGUGACAGCAUCUGGUAACAACAUAAGGUCCCCCCAUUAAUAAAUACUACAGUAGCUUCCCAUAAUAGAAAGUCUACGUGCUUGUUAUUAAUUGCCAGUGAGGAGAACUGUUCUUGUGAUUUUUGUCAUCAGAUAAAAUAGAUUAAAAUGUCUAUUUUAAGAUGCAGCAACUUAGCCACAUAACAGCCUUCUUCCAAAAUGAAUGAAUUUUGUUUUCUUAACUAUCAGUGACGCUGUAUACGUCUCCUUCAACUGUGUGGUUUAGUCACACUUUCUGAAAGGUACCCGUCUUUAUCUUCUGGCAUCUAAUGCCAAGUGAUUUUAAAUUCUUGUUUCAGAAACUAGUAUCUUUUCCCUGUCACUGAGUCUGCUGCACAUCAGAGCUCACUUGAAAAGUUUUCUGUGGUUCCUAAGAGCAAGGUAGGCCGGUACAGUAGAAGUGAGUGAAGCCCUCAGAUUUACAUCAGAAUAUUUUAAGAACUUCAUUUUUCUUCCUUGCUGCUCUGGAUUUUUAAACCAUUCUGAUCUAGUAAAUGUAUUAUAUGGACUCAUAUCAUAGCUGGCAUUGCUACAGUCAACUGCCUAUUUGUUUGUUUUGAUUUGGAAGACAAGAAUUCUGAAAGGGCAUGAAGGAAGACCCAGACUCGAAAAUCAUGGGAAGCAUUCAAAAUGUAUGCUUUUGAUAUUUAGUGUAGACUACUAAGCUCUCCAUAGACAAGGAACUUGAAAUUGUGCUGUUCUACCGAUCUUUAUCACGUCAGCAAAUUUAGGUCACCAGGUCACUGUUUAAAAUGGGCUGGUGCCUGUUGAGGCUCAUCUGAAUAACUCAACUGCGGCAUUGGUUCUGCACCAUAUUCAUAACGCGGAUUUUUUUUUAUUCCAAAGAUUCAAUUUUGUGCUUCUCUCUCAGUGUUCUUUUCCUUGUGGUAUUUUCCUUGUGGAUUACUUAGCUAGCUGAAAUUCUUGGCAUUGCCUAAAAUAUAUAUGAACAUGUUAUGUUGAUGUACAGUAUGUUUUGUCAGGAUUUGGAGGACAUUGCUCUAGUUUACAUCAUUGAUCAUGGACACUGAAAUAGGAAAGUAUGGACUAUUUAAUGAUCGUGUGUGUGUGUGUGUGUGUGUGUGUGUGUGUGUGUGUGUGUGUGUGUGUUUUAAGUCAGGGUCUCAUAUCCUAGGCUAGCUUUGAACUUUCUAUAUAGCUAAGGUUAGCCUUAAACUUCUAAUCUGCCUGCUUUUACCUCCCGGGUUCUGGUAUUGUAAAUAUGUACCACCAAACCUGGCUGUUUUCUUGUUGUUUGUUUUGUUUUGUUCUUCCAGACAUUUUGUAACACUGACUGGCCUAGAACUUGUUGUGUACACCAGGCUGAUCUUGAACUUCUGGCAAUCCUCCUGCCUCCACCUCUAGAGUGCUGAAAUUACAGAUGCGUGCCACCAUUCUUGGCAAGGUUGGGCUCUUUAGUCAGUGGUCCGGGUCUCCUCAGUGGUAGAGCACUGGCCUACCAUCUGCAAGGCUCAUCCCCUCUCUGACUCCCUCCAACCCCCAAAACAGCCUUUGGAAAUACUCUUUCAGAUCCUUUUUAGUUUCAUUUUAUGGUUAUUUAUGCUUUAUAUAUUAGAACUUGGAACUCAACAUUCCCUACCCUAACUGAAGACUUGAGUUAUAAAAUCUUGGCGGGAAGGGGGUGGGGGGGCUUUUUUUAUUAGGAUAAAACACCAAAAAUUUUACCAUUGCCAUUUUUAUGUUCAAUUCAGGAAAUGUUGUGCCUUUAAUGAAGCAUUUCCAGAACUUUUCAUUGUACAAAUCUCAGACUCCUCUAUGACUCAGAUAAGAGUUACCCUUCCUCCGCUCCUUCCCACAGCCCUUGGCAGGCACCAUUCUGUUUCCUGUUAGGACCUCAGUUCAUCCCAUUUAGCAUGUGACAGAAUUUCCUUGUUUAGGGCUGAAUAAUCUACACAUCUACCGUGUGUUGCUGGUCAUUCAUCUACUGGUGGCCAUUGACUGCUCCCCCCUCUUGAUUAUUAAAGUGAUGAUGCUGUGGAUAUAUUCAGAUGCCUCCUGUUCACCUUGGUCGCUCUUAGUCACCUUCUGUGUCUUACCACGUCAAUUGGUUGUCGACGGUUUUUAAAAGCUGUUAGAACUGUAGGCUUGCGAAUGCUGUAUAACUGUUCUCAGCUUAAAACAGCGCUAAUAAAAUCUGAACUGUCUUGUA